GCCGAAAUUGAUUUGUCCUUUGGUGGUCCAGCACAUAAAGCGCUUUUUCACAUUCGAGAGCGUGCUAAACAGUACCAUCUCUUGUUUAGACAAGAUUGUGCUGUCUUGGACACGUUUUUUGCCUCGUACGUGAGAAACUUCUUCAAUGAGAUGUCAAAGACUAAAAUAUUUCCGAAGGCCUUGAGUAGAUACGCCACACCACAGGGGAGAUACCCAAAAAUGGAAAGCGGUGGACUGAUUGGCAAUAGCCACUGGCUCGCACUGGAGAUUGAUCUAUUCCAGAGAUGCAUUUACGUCUAUGAUAGCGAAACAAGUGUCAUGCGGAGGGCACAACUGGAGAGGCAACUUGAGCCCAUUCGAGUUGUGGUACCGAUGCUACUGACGAAGUUGAAUGCUAACUACAAUGCUGAAAAGUUUGAUUGGAAAUGGUUGACAUCUCCUAGCCAAAGCAAUGGGUUUGAUUGUGGGAUGUUUACAAUCAAGUUUAUAGAAUUUUUGCAUGCUGGGAAGAAUGUUGAAGGCGUAGAUCGAUCUCGGAUCAGUGCUUGGCGUGUAAAACUAGCGGCUGAAAUAUUUGGUGCUCAUUUUGAUCCA